UCUAGACACUCGGCGUUUAUUUCGAUAUUUGGACUUCACAAUGAUAUGGUAAUUGUUUGUGAUUUUGCGAUUAAUCUCAGGUCACCGAUGUUAAUCAGAGUGAGACAUCGUUGUGGUUGUCGGUGUAGCAAGAUCUCUGCCCAGGAGCGGAAGCCGGAAGUAAGUUUUUGUUAGGCGCAACAAUCCACUUGUUCACUUUUGAUGCUUUCGCACGUUUUCUUUCAUAAGCUUUAUCAUCCCAGGUGCAUCUUUCCCCUCAAAGACACACGUUCAAAACUUGGAAUCGAAGCCAUUUUGCGGAGGUAAAUGUGUUUUUGAGAGGUUUUCGUCGUGCGGCAGGCGCGCUUGUUGUACACUUUGAGUGGGAACUUUGGCGUGGGGCUCGCGGAAGGUUGGCCGCGUCGUAACUCGAGUGAGCGAUGAGCGUGUUGUCGUCCCGCCUGGACGUAGCGCGGACUCGACUCUCGGCCAGGACCGGUCCCGACGCCGAACCCGCUCACGGACCGCUCCGUCUGACGAUUCAGAAGGUGAGCGGCGAGCACCGGCGCAGCUCCAGACGCCCGAAGCCGCACGGAGGAGCUCCUCGUCGGACGCCCGCCGGCUCUCGACCCGGUCACGACCUCCUGACCUCCCAUUUUGAAGUGGGGUCUCGGGGGGCUGUGCUGGCGGCCCUCAAGCAGCGCUCUCUCAGCGCCCCCCAGAGGCGGGAGGUGGAAGUUCAGCUCCUCGAGCCUCACCGGAGCAGCAACCGCAGUGCGGACGGCGGACACAAGGGGGCGCUAGGAGGCGCCUUCAGUAUGAGCAACGGCGGCACUGCGGCAGCUGCAGUUGGCGAGGAUCGCAGGGGGGUGGGGAGGGGUCAGCAGCUGGACGCCAUUGACGGGGAGGACGGGGCCAGUGGGCGGGGUCUGAGCAAGAUGGAGGCGCUGCACGAUCGCCGGCCGGAGCUUCAGGUGAGUGAGCCGCUCGGUGGCGACCAUCUUGUUUUCCCCGCCGGUGCACAUUGUCUCCGUCCGUCGUUGGCCUGUGCGUCACAGAAUCGACCGCUGCGGUCGGCCCUCGGCAUCGUCACGCGCCGCACGCCGGACGACCCGGCCCGGCGCGGCGCUCAGCAGGUGGACGUUGCAGCGACCGUCAUCAACCCGUCGGCGAGGGCCGGCAUGGAGACUGACCCGGUUACCAAGGCAACAUGCACCGACCACACCAGGGAGGAGCGCCGUCCUACGGUUGUUUCCGUGGCAACCCAAGCCAACGACAGUCUGGCGGCGACGGAGGCGGGGCCGGCCCAGACGGAGAGCGGGCCCGCGUUGGAGGAGGCACGGCAGCUCCUACGCCGGCUUCAGCGGCAGAAGAAAGUUCUGGACGAGAACCUGGAGACCGUGGAGAGGUUCCGCACCGGGGAGCUCCUGCACUGCCAGCUGGAGGCUCUGGCGGCGAACAGCGAAUCGAGCGAGCGGGCUCGCGUCAAGAGGACGGUGGACGCGUGGAUACACCUGAUCGGCAAAGACGUGCAGGACAAGAUGGAAGCGGAGGCGGCCAAUCGCAGAACCUUCCCGAGCGGGGCGGCGGCCGGCAGAAGCUCCGCCCGUCCGGGCCGACCGGCAAGUGCGCUCAAAGGAUCGGGAAGCGGGAGGACGCCGGCGGGACGGGGACUCCGAAGCCAACCGGCCGCGCCGAGAAGGGCGGCGCAGCCCGGGCCCGUCUCCUUCGACGCGGCGGACGACGAGUCUUACCUGACGCGUCUGUACGGGAGAGCUCCCCACGACGUCCCGACGCCAGGCCUCAAGAGGAGCCCGCCGCUUCGCUUGAGCUCCGUGACGGCGCCCGUCAACAGGAAGCCGCGCCCCCCUGCGGUGGACGCCGCGAAAGGGGCGAAGGUGAAACCCUCCCCGCCGCCGCCCCUCCGCCCAGCACCGGCACAACCCCAGCCCCCCCGCCUGACCUCUACCCCCAUGGCCAUCCCAUUAGCGCGUCCACGUAGAGGCCCCUCCCCCAGGUGUCAGCAGACGGGGACCUCGUGUCCUGUUGCAUUGCCCCUUGUGGAGCAUGCUGCACCGGACCCUCCCGCAGCGGACUCCCCUGCAACACACUCUCACGCCCUGGACCCCUCCUCUCAGCUGAGUCCUGUGCCCACGGAGGAGCACGAAGAGCUCGUCACGGAGUUGGGAGGAGCGCCAGACGAUGCUUGCGAAGGAGAUCUGAGCUUCAGGAACGUCAAAAAUCUGGUGAAACUGGACUCGCCCGUGUGUCAAGAGCAAGCAGAGCCGGAGGAUGCCGUUGAAGCGCGGCCCCCUUCGUCAAUCGCCGUGGAGAUGGUGGGGAGGAGGAGCAAGGAAGAGCAGGAGGGAGGGAGUGGGUUCCCCGGAACGGACUUCCUGUCCAUUGCUGACGUGGGGCAGGAGGUCGUGGCGAUGGAGGAGUGUGCCGCGGGCGAGGAAGCAGUCCUUUUGGAUGGAGGUCCGUCUCCUUCUCCGGUCGUCUACCGGGGUCCAGUGUUCCCCCCCGAGAACCACAUUGCCCUACCUGUCCCCCAUCACAGUCCUGCUCCCGACCUGGAUGAAAACAUGCUCAACCGUAUGGUGCAGUGGGUGGAGCAGCAGCUGAUGUCAAGAUUGAUCUCCAACCAGUUCCCACCUUCUCUCCCGGUUAGUGACCAGAACGACCAAUCAGAUGUGGAGGAGCGGAGCCUCACCUCAGACAUUGUGGAGGCAGCAGGCGGAGGAGGUCUACAGUUCUUCGUAGAUGCCGGUAUCUGCGUGGACUCUCCUUUAGUCAAGGAACUGGUUCACGAGGUUUUGGCUGAAAUGAUGGACCAGGUGCUGGUGCCGAGGGAGGCUCCAGUUCCAGGACCUACACUAGGUCAAGGACCAAAGCCAGGAUCAAAUCCAGAGUCAGGGGUAGCUUCUUUCUUCCAGGAGAAAACUGUUCCUGUGGUUGUCACACCUCUACCAACCCCUCUUCCGAGUCCUGUUCCGUCCAUCAGAGACCCAAUCCCGUUCUCCACGCCCCCUCGAUCUGAACCAACCAGCUUGCUGAUUGAGGAUUCCCCGUGGCCAAUCAUCACAGCCCGCCCAGAACCUAUAUCCACGCCGGUUGGCAGCCCUGAGGCGGAUUUGUUUGGAGAAAUCCCCCCUGCCGUCCAUCAAGCCCUGACCCCGGCGUCCUCAGAGAAAGCUAGCCUGUCAUUGGACGAGGAGGAAGACCACCUGGAUGCGCACACACAACCAUUGGUUGUGCAAGAUGAAGAAAAACCUGUUGCCUUGCCUCCGCACGCCCCCUCUCCUGUAGCCCCUCCUCAGCAGGCUGAUCCAGAACCCUCCUCCAGUGCUUCUGAGGACACCACCAGCAGCGCCAACAGCAGUACAGUGACAGGAAGUGAUACAGGACUCAAACUGGUCUCGGAAGGAGAACUGCUGAUCAGCUUCAACCGCACGGAUGCCAUCACAGAUGAGGCCACUUCCUCAAGUUCUCUUCAGGAUGUGGACCUCGACCCCCCCAGCGAAGGGCAGGUCAAAGCGCGCACGAUCGAGGGGCAGGGGGCGGAGCUGAGCGCGGGGGAGGUGACACGCUCCGCCACGCCUCGACUCGACGGAGAGAUCGAUCGCUCCGCAGACGCCCUUUUCGAGGCGACCGAGGAGAGCUUCGACUAUGACCUUACGCCGGUGCCCGGUCGGACGCCGACCUCCGACCUCCAAAGCGAACCCUCUCAGGCGUUCCCGUUGGGAGCUCGGAGCCCAUCGUCAGAAAAUCCCGAAGGAGAAUGUUCAGCCAUCAGUUUGUGAGUUCAAGCUGAAGCGCACUUAGGUUCUGCAGCAAGAUAACGAUCCAAAAGACAACAGCGAGUCAACUUCUGAAUGGUUUAAAAAAUAAAUAAAAAAAAUCAAGGUUUUAGAGUGGCCUACUCAAAGUCCAUACUUGAAUCCUUCAAAAGGCCGUUCAUGCUCGAAAACCCUCCAUUUUUGCUGAAUUCAAACAAUUGUGCAAGGAAGAGUAGGCCAACAUAUCUCCACAGAGAUGUGAAAUCAGAAUCAGAAUCAGAAUCAUCUUUAUUUGCCAAGUAUGUCCAAAAAACACACAAGGAAUUUGUCCGCGGUCGUCGGAGCCGCUCCCGUACGGCAACAGACGGUCGAUUGACGGAGGACGCUUUGGAGCCAUAAAGACGUUGACAAACAAAAAACAGUCACUGAGCAAUAAAAGGUUGCUGGUAAUCUGGUAAUGCCGGUACAAUUUUUUCUUUUUCUUUUUUUUAUUCAUUUAUGUAUUUAUUUAUUUUUGGGACAAUUGUGCAAAAAGAUGCAGAGUCCUCCCUCGAGCAAUUAGAGCAGUUCGACUGACUAAUAUUGCAAUAGUCCGGUCCAGUGACCAUUGUGCAAAAGGGCGCCGAGACUUCAAGCGAGUAGUACAAUAAUCUGGGACAAUGUCGAUUGUGCGAAUGUUGCAGAUGCUACUCUGGCAUGAGUGGCCGAUAUCGGUCAACAACAGAUGUGAAAAUAGUGCAACGUGGCGAGACGACGACAGUGAGUGCACGAGUAAUAUGUGAUCGGUCCCACGGAAAUGUGACAACGAACUCAAGACAAAAAAUUGCCAGCAUGUUGUCAUGGAAUUGUAGGUUAGCUGUUUAAGAAGUUGACGGGAAGAAGCUGUCGGAACGUCUGCUCGUUCUCGUCGGCAUCGUUCGGUAGCGCCGACCUGAGGGAAGGAGCCGGAAGAGCCGGCGACCGGGACGCGGAUUUUGCACGCUCUCGUCUUAGUUCUGGCGGCGUGCGAGUCCUCAAGGGCGGGUAGCGGGUAGCGGGUACCGACGACCCUUUCGGCAGUUUUGAUUGUCCGUCGCAGUCGGAGUUUGUCCUUUUUUGUAGCGGCGCCGAACCAGACCGCGAUGGAAGAACACGGGACCGAUUCGAUGAGCGCCGUGUCGAAGCGCCUGAGCGGCUGCCGUGACAGGCCGUGCGUCCUCAGAAGCCGCGGGGAGUACAUCCUCCGCUGGGCCUUUUUGUGGACGGAGUCGAUGUCGGUCGCCCGCUUCAGGUCCUGAGGGAUUUUAAUUCCCAGGAACUCGGAGGUCUCGACGGUUGACACAAAGCAGCUGGACAGCGUGAGGGGCGGCUGCGGCGAACGAUGCCUCCUGAAGCCCGCGAUCAUCUCUACAGUCUCGAGGGUGUUCAGCUCCAGGUUCCGUCGGCCGCUCCGCUUCCUGUCGAUAUGCAGACCGCCUCGACGAGGCCGACGACAGCGGUGUCAUCUGCAAACUUGAGGAGUUUGACGGCCGGGUGCGCUGAGGUGCGGUCGUUCGUGUAGAGUGAGAAGAGCGGCGGAGAGAGGACGCGACCUUGGGGCGGUGGAGACUUCAUGACCACAGAUGUCAAGGCGACAAAGACUCAUUACUAGUUUUAGAAACUGCUUGAUUUCAGUUGUUGCUCCUGAGGAUUAGCACAAGCAGUCCUUCGGUUUAGGGGGCCAGUACUUUUACACACUGGGAAUAUUUUCUUUCCCUUAAUAAAUCCAAAUUUAAAAACUGCAUUUUAAGUGUAUAUGAUAUAUUUAGUACUAGUUAUAGCUAAUAUAUUUAGUGUGUGGUCAUUUAAAGCGAGCAUGACGCAGGUGGGAAAUGUGCUGUGGUCCGAUGAAACCAAGGCCAUCAUUCCGAACGGCACAUUUGGCAUAAUCGCAAUACGUCGUCACCAAAAGCGCAUGCGGCUGCAACUGGCGCCUUUGUCAACGUGGGCGGAAUUACGAACACUUCCAAAUAGCGCAAAACCUCCAGGCUUCUCUGCCAGAAGGCAGACGACCGCUAAACUUGGUUUGGGUGAGUUGGCGCACUUUGACGGGAGGCAGAUGAACGCGGAUGAUGAACAAUUAACACGAGUUUGAAUUAGGGCCUGACCGAUUCAUCGGCCGGUAUUAAAUAGUUUUGCGCUUUGAAAAGCGGCGACCGUGACAACGGGCCGGCCGCUGGAUGGUUGCUGGGCGGCGUUCCCAUGGCGACAUAGCAACGGUGACAUUUUGCGCGCUUGUGUUUGUUUCAGACCAGCGGGAAGUCGCCAACGGGACCCCGGCACCGGCCCAAUCUUCAGACGACUCCAGUGAGUUCUUCUGACUUCCUGUCCCCG